ACUUCUACUCUAACUCUUUCGAGUCGUCGACGUCGUCUGGAACCUCCUGAGAUAACGUGACAUUACGGUCAGCCGUGCGAGCAGUAUGCGCGCGAACGUCGGAGAACGCGCACCUUCUUUACUUUUGUACCCGUUGUAAACUCGAUUGGAAAUCGUCAUUGUACGAUUCACCUGGUUCCACGAACUCUGAUCGAUAAGUUCGAAAGAUGCAGUGACGUGUCCGAUCGCGUGACAUUUCGAUCUGUUCGUUUAUUGGUGUCAACGUUAAGAAAUUGAGAAAGACAACUAGAGAAGAUGAAUAAAACAGAACUGAACAUUGUGCUGAGCACAGAACCGGCAAAGACAUCCUCGAGCGUAAUUCACUCGCACAUUCCAGUGCCGCGGAUCACGAAUGCGAUUAAAGUACAGGAAAGAUGUCCUCCGCCUCGAAGAGGAUCUUUCGAAAAGCUAUCAAGAGGCGUAUCCGUCGCGGCUCAAAGGGCAUCGUUCGAGAAGCUCGAUGCUGCGGUUCAAUUACGAUCGAGGAACAAUAAUUUGUCGAGUUCGAGCAUCGAGAUGCGAAACUCCGCGGAGAAGCUCGCCUCGUCGACGUUCAACUGCAAGACGAACCACGAACCGAUCGCUAUCGCUAAAUUAAACAGGAGCAACAGCCUGGAGAGUAAAUGGAAGAGCAAAUACGAGGAAUCCGAGAAGAGGAGGAAAUUGUUGCUACAGAAGAGCGAGGCUGCGAAUAAAGAACAUGCCGAAUUGGAGAAGAAAUAUCAACAAUUGCAGAAACAAAAUAACACUCUGCAUACACAGGUCCAAGAUAAAGAACAAAAGCUACAGAAGUUGCGAACAGUUUCUGAGGCAGUAUGUAAAGAGUACGAGCAAUUGAAGCAUCAGUACGAUGUCGAGACUGGUGCGAUGCAUAAAGCGAUGCAACAAGCAUCUCAGUGGUACAGACAAAAUCGUGAAUUGAAGAGACGAUCUCAGAUUAUAACGCAAAAAUUCCUCCAAGUAAAUCCGGAAGGAGCAGUAGAUAUUGAAUUAUCAGACGAAGUGGACUCGAAUUUCGAGGAUCUCGAUGAGCUAAGAGAAACUGUCAGGGAAUUGAGUAAAGAGAUAGCGAGGCUUCAGACCGAAUUGCAUUCCGCUCGUCUUCAAGAAUUCGAAGCCCAGGAACAGGUGACCCACUUAACAACCCAAUUGGAGGAAGAAAGAACUCUCAGGCAGAAAUGUGAGGAGAAAGUGAACGAGAUGAAGGUACACAAAGAAAAUAUGGAAAGGGUUACCAAAAUGGUCGCUGAAGAGGUGCAGGCGUUGAAGGCUCAAUGUGAUCGCGAAAGGGAGAACGCGAAGAUAAUGAAAAUCGAGGCAGAAAGGGUGCAAAAGGAAAGGAACGUGCUGGCUCAUCAAAGCGCCCUUCUGAUGGCCGAAGUUGGUGACGACCCGAAUGGAAGACUGUUAACCGUGUUACAAGAAGUGGAAUCAUUGAAGAGAUCAUUAGAAGAAGAGCAACAGAAUCAUGCUUCCCAUAUACAAAUGCUGGAAGAGAAACUGGAAGAGAAGGAAUCGAACGUGGAGUUUGAAAUAGUUGAGGAGAAGUUGAAGUUGGCUGAAUCAGAAUUAGAAGUUGCUAAUCAAAGGGCAGAAAGGGCUGAACAAUUGGUGGAGAACUUGGAAGGUGUGGUUCAAAGUUUGAAGGAGAAGAUCAGCGAAAUGGAAGAGAAGCUUUCCAAGCCACCUCCACCUCCUCUACCACCACCUCCACCGCCACCAAUGUUUAACAAUAACGGUGGUCAAUCGUCCAUCAAGUUGCUGACGAGGGAAAAAAUGAAUUCGGAACGGAAUGCGGUGACCGACAUGGAAAGUAUGCUUGGUAUCACCAAGAAAACACCGACGGUUACGCAACAACCUGCUAUCGACGAUAUUAUAAAUCAGAUAAAAGGUGGACGAUUCACGUUGAAACAGACGGACAAACAAAGAGAGGAAGAAAGAAAAAGGAGACAGGAAGCGGAAAGUGCACCACCUGCUGUCUCGGAAAUGUUAAAUAUUUUAGGUACCAUGAGAAGAAGAGCCAAACCAGUAAAGCAAUCUUUUCCAUCAACAGACCCACCUACAUAAAAAUAGGACGUUGUUUAGAAAGGUGCAAAAAAAUCUUCGGAUGUCUCUCGAAAUUCUGCGAGACGAUCUGCUUACGAUGAUAUUAUUUAUUUAGCCGAAAAAAUAAAUUCUUUUUUACUAUUACAUAUAUAAGAUACAUAGGUUUAUAUGAUGAAGUUGAAAUACAUUUGUGUAGUGUGCAGGACGUAUUCUUCAUAUGUACAGCAGAUAAAUAAAAAGACGGUUGAAGGGCAA